AUGAUCACAAAUAUUAUAACAAAAACAAAUGAUGAGUAUUUUAUGGAGAUAAUAGGACAUAUAAGAAAUUACCCUAAGAGACCAAUAUUUUUCAUAGAAGAAAUAUAUCCUUUUCUUAAUUAUAUCUCCUUUAAAUGGGAGAGAGAUUUCAAACCUUUUGACUUUAUCCAAUUUGUUCAUAACAAAUAUUUCAUAUGUCCUUUGAUAGUAAUAAUUUAUUUAUUAUUUUGUAAAUAUGGGAAUAUUCUAAUGAGAGAUAAAAAGGCGUUGAAUUUGAAAAGAACUAUAUCCAUAUGGAAUUUUGUUUUAUCAUUUUUUAAUUUGUUAGUAACAAUAAAAUUGUAUCCUGUAUUAAUAUAUAUCAUAUAUCAUUAUUCUUUGACAGGUUUAUUAAUUAUUCCUCCGAUAUAUACGUGUGGAUUUGGUACAGUUGGAUUAUGGAUAUGUUUUUUUAUUAUAUCAAAAUAUUUUGAGUUAAUCGAUACUUUAUUUUUAAUUUUAAAAAAGAAAGAAAUAACAUUUUUACAUUGGUUUCAUCAUUCAACUGUUUUAUUAUAUACAUGGGAUACAUAUUAUGAAGAAAUACCUGUUGGGUUUAUUUUUAUUUGUAUUAAUGCGUUUGUUCAUAGCAUUAUGUACUUUUAUUAUUUUUUGGCUAGUUGUUAUAAUAAAAAAUUUAAAUGGAGUAUUAUUGUUACACUUAUACAAAUUUGCCAAAUGUUUUUAGGUGUUUUAUUAACUAGUUAUUGUCUUUAUAUAUCUUAUAUAUAUACAUAUAAUAAUAAAUGGACAGUUUCCUUUGUUCACAAAUUAAAAAAUAAUGUUACCUUUCAAUAUGGACAUUAUAUAUCAAGAAAAAAUAUUAUAUUGGCUUCACUUAUGUAUAUAUCAUAUUUAUAUUUAUUUAUAAAUUACUUUUUUCACAGAUAUAUAAUUUCAUAUCUUAUGAAAAAAAAAAAAAAAACAUGA